UGCUGUCUAGCUGUAGCUACUGUCAAGAUAAAUCUCUGGAAUUAUAUCGUGUUUUUGGUAGGAUUGUAACCAGUUAGUGAAUUGUAAUUUAACAUUUUCACGAUUUCGUGGUGGUUCGACCAGUUGGCAAGUCAAGGGAACUGUGUGUUUGUUGUGGUUAUGGAAAACUUUUUGUUCAAUUAACUGAUCCUGGCCAAUCGACCUUAUAGCUGACGAUUGAAAACAUUCCCUGAGGUCGAAUUACAAAACAAGUUCAAUUGAUACAGACGAAACAGGAAGGCUUGGUCCCAACAGCCUAUCAGCGAGAGGGAGAGCAAAAUAGUGCGCUGUAAGAUAGAGGAACUCAGAUAAGGCAAAGGAUGAAGUAGAUCUGGGUAAUAUUGACCCUGUGAAAGUGGUUUCUAUGACGCCAAUGGGCACCACUACCACAAUCAUCGCCAGCGCUAGGUUGCAAGCGUACAGGGCUACUCUGGAGACUAAAUUGAAGCAUCCGCGCUGUAUGAAGAUUAGUUGUACCCAGGAAACCAAUACGAAAGGUGGAAAGCCAGCUAGUAGAAGUAAUCUAACUCAAAACUUUAGCAGUGAACGGAAUCUAGGAACACUUGCAGUAAUUAGUGACAUCACUUGGAAGAGGUUCAGUUACGAGAAAAAGCGUUACUAUCAUAGUCUAAGCGGGGUUCGAGAUCUUUUAAAACGAGUAAGAAUGGUGCAUUCAAGCAAAAACCAGUCGAGCCAAAAAGGAGAAGUCAUUUUAGCAUGUGAUAGAUUUGUCCGUACUGACACCAAAGACAGCUUGAGCAAGAUGGCCAAAUUGAUCGACGGUAAACAAAUCGCGAGCGACAUACGAAGUGAGCUGCGAGAGCAAAUUGUGAAAUGGAUACAACAGGGGCAUCGGGCUCCACAGCUGACGGCUAUCCUGAUUGGAGAUGAUCCGGCCAGCAAUACCUAUGUAGCUAAUAAAAUGAAGGCCGCAACAGAUGUUGGAAUCGUCAGCAAAACCGAACGCUACAGUUCCGAUAUUACGGAGGAGCAACUCUUGCGACGUAUCGAGGAGCUAAACCUUGAUGAUGCGGUGGAUGGCAUUUUGGUGCAAUUGCCGGUUCCAGAUCAUAUCAAUGAACGCAAGGUUUGUAAUUCGGUGUCCUGUGGUAAAGAUGUGGACGGUUUCAACGAGCGAAACAUUGGGCGACUUUGUUUGGACAUGAAUACCCUCAUACCUUGUACGCCACUGGGCGUUCAGGAGCUGAUUAAACGGUGCCAAAUUGAAACAUUCGGCAAAAAUGUCGUGGUUGUGGGCAGAUCGAAGAACGUUGGCAUGCCGAUUGCCAUGUUACUGCAUGCCGAUGGUCGAAAUGAUACCUGCGCUAUGGAUGCUACCGUCACAAUUUGCCAUAGGUUCACACCUCCGAGUGAGUUGGCUCGGUUCUGUAAGAGCGCGGACAUCGUAAUCACUGCCACCGGAGUGCCAGGAUUGAUUACAGCGGAUAUGAUAAAGGAGGGAGCUGCCGUGAUUGACGUGGGAAUUACUCGUGUAGUUGAUCCAGUAACUGGAAAGAACAAACUUGUUGGAGAUGUGGAUUAUGAUGAGGCUCGAAAGGUGGCAGGCCACAUUACACCGGUGCCUGGUGGUGUCGGUCCGAUGACCGUCGCCAUGCUCAUGAAGAACACAUUUAUUGCAGCUAAAAAUCUCGCCAAGAAAUGAAGUGAAUACUAAUAUUGACGAUUAUUUAAAUUAUGUAUACAAAAAGCUAUGAAUCUUAUGAAGUAUAUUUUAUAAGACAGUAUUUUGAAAAAGAUUUUCCUAAUAUUACAUAAGACCGGUGUUUUUAAUCAAUUGUGCUAAGUACAAUAAAUUGUUUGACAUAAUGGA